CGCCGACGGGCUCUGCUGCUGGGCAGGAAGCUGAAAGGACUAUCUAAAAAAGCGCUGACCCAGCCGAGGGCAGCUCUAAGCUAUGGCGCAAGCCGCACCGCAAAGCAAUGGUGCCCCGCCCGCCAUGCUGCUCAGCGUAGCCGAGGCGCGCGCCGCCCGCGAGCGCGCCCGCACAGGCGCGGCGGAAAAGGGCCAAGAAGCCCACCGCUGGCUGGGCGAGCGCUACCGCCGACUGUUGGAAUCGGCCGACGCGAUUGGAGAUUUGGGCGUCGCGGCCCGGGACGCGACCGCCUUCGCGACCGCCGUCGAGGCGAAGGCCAGGGACGCGACCGCGGCCUCGCAAGCGACGCCCGCCCUCCCGCCGCCGCCAGCAAGAAUCACGUCCCCCGACGCCGCCGCGGCCAAGGCCGCCGCGCUCGCGCCCGAGUUGUGGCGCGCCCUCGACGCCAACAAUCAUGGAGACGCCGCGUCCUGCUAUUUGGCCGUCGCCGCGCUGACGACGCAAGCGCAAGGCGCGCUCGGGCCCGUGGCGCGCAUGUUGCGGACUCGGUUGCUCGAAGCGACCGAUGCGUUUUUGAGAACCACGGACGCGGAGUCACCUUCAUCAGUUUAUGCGGCCGCGGUUGCGGCGCGUGUAUUGUGCGACGCCUGCGAGGAGCGGCCGGGGAGUCGAGCUUUACAACUUUUUCUCGAGUCGCGACGAGCCUGGUUGUCCACGAGUGAAACGGACCCCGAGCAAGCGCUGCGGACGGCGGCGACGGCCGUGGCGCGGACCGUGACCGAUGUAAAUGAUCUGUUCCUCGACGGCGCCUUCGCCGCGAGCGUGGCCGAGAUCCUCCGAAGCGCGUCGUCACAUACUGGUUCUGAAACUAUCGAGCUCGACUGCUCCGUUGCGACGGACGAGGUCCGGUCGGAGGCCUGCGACUGGACGCGCGACGCCGUGCGGCAGGCCCGGGAGCGCGCGUCCGACGUGUUGAGACCGGAGCGCGUCUCGGACACGACGCAGCUCGUGCAUCUACGCAACGCUCUGAAGAAGGCCUGCGACGAAGAUUUAGGCAGCGAGUGGCGGUCCGCCUGCGCUUCUCUGUUUGUCGUGGAAGGCUCCACGGACGCGCAAGCGGCGUCGGACUGGCGCCUCGCGCGAUCGCGAGCCGCGAGGGUGCGCGCGGACGUCUUUUAUGAUGGCGAGCACAACAAGCUCCGAGAAGUUCUGGUGGGAGACGACGAAGAUGAUCAAGACGCCGACGCGUCGUCGCUGAUCGAUCGGGACGUGAGGCGGUUGUGUUCGCCGUGGCGCGCCGCGUUUGCGCCAGCUUUCGCUAGACUCGUCGAUCAUCGACUGAGGAGGGGCCUCAAGGCCUGCCGCAGGGACACGGAGCGCCUCCUCAAAGCUACAAAUGAUGCGUUACACAACGCACCGACGCAUUUGGAGGCCUCGAUCCGCGACCUCGAGAGGACCCAAGCCGGGGAAGCCCUCGAGAAGACGAAGGCGUCGCUCGACUACUGGCAAUAUUCGGGAGGCGGCGCCCAGGUCGACUGCAGCGCGUCGGAGUGCAAUUGGGCCGCAGCUCGAGUAGCCUCGUGGCUGGACGAAAGGCUAAGGGCCUGCGCCGACGCUACCGUGUCGCUGGGUUCGUCGGAGACGUCACGGGAGGCCUGCGAAGCGGUCCUCACAGCGGUAGCGCCGCGCUUCGUCGAAUGUGUCGCAGCCGUCGCUGGCCUGUUGCGGAGGCGAGGCCGCGACGCGGGUACUUAUCUAAGAUCUCAUGCGGAAGCCGAGCAACGCGCCGUCCGCGACCGCGUCCGACAAAUGGAGGAGCCCGGCGAGCCGAUGGCGCCGGGGCGCACGUUUAGGCGGAGGGCGAACAUGCGGCGGACGGUCGAUCCACCCUUGGUCGCGCACGAGACGACGCGCAAGGCGCGGGAGGACUGCACUGCUGCUGUUAUUGCGGCUCGCAUAGCUUGGUCGCUGCGCUACACCGUCGUAAGCCCGGUGGCCGCCGCGCAACUCUGUGCAUCGACGGGCCGCGCCUCCGCGGAUCAGGUCGACGCGGCUUUUGAUGUGGCCGACGCGACGGUCAACGACGUCGCGUCGGGCGACGCGGCGCGGGAAGCCGCUAUUGCUAUUCUGGGCGCGUCUGACGAUGUCGGCGCGUGUUCUUUAUCUGAACCGGACGUCUCGCGGGACGAAUUUUAUCUCUUCUGCUGUGCGGCCCUGGACGACUGUUCCGACGUCAAGAAGCGCCUCGAGUCGUCAUUGAGGGAUGCCUGCACGUCCUGCUUAGCAGCUUGGGCCUGCGGCGUCGUCCCACCCAUCCUAGAAGCGUUCGCCGACGACUUAGGUGGUUUUACCCACGGCUGGCAGGAUGUCUUGAGAGGAGAAUACGUGCUCCAGGACCCGCUGGACCCGCCCCUACCCGCCAAAGCAUUGCGGGACCAGAAGGACGCCUGUUUGGAAAGGAUGAAGGAGGGCGCGCGGUGGAGGGAUCGCGUGCUCGCGGUCGACGACGGCGAGGGCAACGACAUGGAGGAGACGACGCAACUGCCCUGCGAGCCGUCGUUGGUUCUGGGCCAGACGUUAUUCCAGCUCUACAUGCAACUCGCCGUGACCGUAUGUGCUUCCGACGCUUGCGCUACGAGAAGGCACGCGCCGCCGCACUACAAACGGGCUCGUAGGGAAUUGUGGCGCUUGGCCGCCCCGCAGCUCCAGGACGCGUACGAGAACGCUCUCCAAGACGUCUCUGAGCUAGGAGCCUUGUCCGUUUUGGUAGAUGCUUAUUUAUUGAGGUACAUGCUCGCGACGCGGUGUGCUUCCUCGUUCAAGGCCGACGCGGCGAAGGCAAGGGAAGACGGGGAUGAAAGAGACGCCAUCGAUUCGGAAAACGUCAUGCGUCUAGUGCUGGACGCCGGUACCACAAUUUUUGAGAGGGUUAUCUCACUCAUAGAUGCGGUGGAUUUGGAGCUGUACAUGCCGUUCGUCAAGCACGACGCGGUGCGUUUCUACGAGCGCUCGCGGCUGUUCUUCGACGUGCUCUCGGGCCACGACGACGAGGUCGAUACUGCUAUUGAUUCUACAGCACCGGACUGGACGCAUGCGGAGGACGCGCCGCCCGACGACUUUCUGGAUCGGCCCGCUGAUUUAUUAGCGACGGCGCCGCCGUGCCCGCGCUUUCCGUUGUUGUCGGAGCACGACCUCGAGGAUGACGGCGAUGAGGAGGAUGAGCCGCCGGCGGACCCGCGCUUCUUCGACCCGAAGCGGUUUUUUAGGAAGCACAAGCUGAACGAGCGGAUUAAGGAGCUGGAGGCUCAGGCGCGGGAGGAGGCUUCUUCGGAGGCGCCGGCGCCGGCGCCUGCGCCUUCGCCUUCGCCGAAGAGGGGGUUUCGGAAGGGGUUUCUAAAGUAGUAGCUAGUA